AUGGAAAUUCCCGGAGAUGGAGACUACGUUGACCUUGUUACGUUCGCUUUUUCGGGGCCAACAGAUUACGAUAGAAACCAGCCUCUCUAUAUAGACGCCGAAGAUCCUUCCUGUGCUUUGACAGCGGAUGAAUUCAGAUUUCUUGUUCGAUCUCUCAUCGCUGGCUUUAAAGCUUGCGGCCUUGAAAGAGGUGACUGUGUGUUGGUUCACAUCCCAAAUACUAUAAUUUACCCUGCGCUCUUCUUAAGCAUCAUCGGUGCCGGUGCAAUAUUUGCGGGCUCCAACCCAGCCAGCCAAACUUACGAACUCGACCACUACCUAGAACUAUCUAAACCAAAGUUAAUUAUCACCUCGCCCGAAGCUCUGCAAACUGUACUCGACGCCUCUUCGACUAAAGAAAUAAAUCCAGGCCAAGUUUUGGUACUAGACACUCCCGUCAUCAGACGCAUGGUGCAAAGCCUUCCUCGCGAUUGGGCACGCUUUACAUUGGAGACUAGACGAAGAGAUGCAAGCACUCCGCUUAGUCUGCCAGAACUUCUCAGCCAUGGGGAGUCGGAAUGGCUUAAGUUUGAGAGCGGCACCAAUUUGUCCAAAACGACGCCGGUAGCGAUGUACUUGACAAGCGGCACGACCGGUCUCCCUAAAGCUGCCGUCCACUCGCAUCACUCAACGAUUGCAGCGCAUCUCUGCGUGCAGUUCACCGUUCCUUAUAAAUCUGUUCGAUUGCUGUGUCUACCAUUGUUUUACCGUUUCGGCGCACACUGGCAAAUACACCCUAUUCGGUAUGGAGAGCCGAUGUAUGUAUUGCCAAGAUUCGACCCUAUCCUGUUCACUGAGGCGGUUCGCCGAAAUCAUAUAACUGAAACCUACGUUGUACCAACUAUGAUACAUAUCCUUAAUCGGGAUGCUGUUUCGCCAGUCCACCAGUUAGACGGAGUUGGUUCCUUACCAUCAAUGCGCCACGUCGGAGUUGCUGGCGCAGCGAUAGAUGCAGCGUCCAUAAAGCGAUUCCAGAAUUUCCUGGGCCCGCAGGCCGCAGUAUGGCAAAUCUGGGGUAUGACUGAAACUGGCGCUGCAUUCACCAAUCGCUUUGGCGAGGGAAAAUAUCCUGACAGCAUUGGAAAAUUGACUCAACUGUAUGAAGCGCGAUUGAUAAAUCUUGACAACAAAGAUGUAAUUCAUCAAGACGACAGCCCUGGUGAACUGGAGGUGCGGGGUCCAGGUACUGUUCUAGAAUAUCGAUACCCAACACAGCAGCCACAAGAGGGAAGCAUCAAGGAUGGCCAGGGCUGGUUUAAAACGGGCGAUAUCGCGUAUGUGAAAGACGGAUAUUAUUUCAUGGUUGGCAGGACAAAGGAGAUGAUUAAAGUAUAUGGUUACCAUGUUGCACCCGCCGAGAUUGAAUCCGUGUUAUUGAAGCAUUCUGGAAUCGAGGAUGCUGCUGUUAUCGGCGUUCCGCUAGAGGGGAGCAACACCGAAGUUCCUCGUGCAUUCGUCGUUAGAUCAGACAAUGCUAAUGAAAAGCCUAUUUUGACAGCCGAGGAGGUUGAUAUAUUUGUUCGCAAACAUCUGGUUAGCUACAAGGCGCUAGAUGGGGGCGUGAUAUUUGUUAGCAAAAUCCCACGAACCGUAACUGGGAAGAUAUUUCGACGGAAAUUGACUGAUAUGAAUGCCUAUCGAGAUAGGUUAUCUUCGUUCCUAGGGAAGCGGAAUGGCAGUUCAUAA